AUGGAUAAUAAUAAUAAUAAUAACAGUCAUAAGAGAAAACAUGAAAAUGAUUUUGGAAAUGGUAGUAGUAGUAGUAGUGGUGGUAAUGAAAAUGGAAAUACAGAAAAAAAGUUAGAUUUAGAAAUGAUCCUGAUUAAUAAUAGUAGUAGUAAUGAUGUAAAGUUAUAUAAUGAUGAUGAAAUAUUAGAACAAAUAAGAAGAGCAGAUGAAAAACAAAAGGAAAGAGAUGCACAAACAAAGAAAAGAGAAAAGUUGUUUGUUGCUUCUGAGAGACAAACACGUCUUAAAGAAGAGGUAGACGAUGAUGGUGUAAUUCGCUCGGUUGAAGGUGAGGAAGAACAAGAAGAUGACGAAGACGAUGACGAUAAUAAUAAUAAUAACAACUAUAGACGUGACAGACAAGAACAAAAACAAUUGCUAAAAGAUAGGAUGGACACUGAGAAACAUCAUUUGGAUGGCAAUAAGAUGGAGAAGAAGAAGCAGCAGCGAUACGAAGAUGACGAUGACUCUGAAGAUGACAUCGAUGUCGUGCCUUUCAAUUUGGCGGAAGAGAAAUCCGAGGGAAGAUUCAAGGCCGAUGGAACCUACGAGAGGGAGGAUGUCGACGACGAGGAAGACGAUCCUUGGCUCAAGGAGUACGACGAGGUGAUGUUGAAGCGACUGCCAAAGGUUAGCAGGAAGGAGAUGGCCAAGCUUGAGGCAGCGGAGAGGGAGCGUGACGACGACGAUGAAGAUCAAUGGGUGAAAGAGGAUCGUGAGUUGGCACUGAAGAAACGUCGUGGACUGACUAUCGAGGAGCGUGAUACUCGUAGACAUGCACUCACUACCACACUGAAGAUAUUGCAACCCGGUGAGACUGUACUGACCGCUCUCAGAAGAUUAGGUGGUGGAAUAAAGAAACCAACAAUAAAAAAGAAACAAAAUAGAUCGACAACAACAUCAACAACAUCAACAACAUCAACAACAUCAACAACAUCAACAACAUCAACUUCAAACACAAACAUAGAAAAUAAUAAUGAUUCAAUGGAAACAGAUGAAGCAUUAUUGAAGUCACGACAAUUCUCUGAUUUAACAGAGGCUUCAAAUUAUUUAUUGGCAAAUGGAUAUAUGAAUAUUUAUUCAGAUAAAAGAGAAUCGGUUCAAGCAGUUUUAAAUAAAGAUAUUGGUAAAUCUACACCUGUGUCACAACAACAACAACAACAACAACAAUCAACAAACAAUAAUAAUGGUAUUGGUGAAAGUAAUAGCAACGGUAAUAAUCAGUGGGAAUAUAAACUUAGUGAUGGAAAUGUAUAUAGUGGUUUCUCAAGUGAAGACAUGAAGAGUUGGAAAGAAAGUGGAUACUUUACUGGUCAAGGUGUAGUGGCAAGAAAAUCUGGAACUAGCGAUAGUUUCAUUGAAAUCGAACAAAUAAAUUUCCAAUAG